UCAAGUACUUCACUUUGACACUCGUGUGUGACCGUGUGAGUGUGUGUGAGUGUGUGUGAGGGAGAGAGUGUGUGUGAAUUUUAUAUAGUGUUUAUAAAGAUAUAUAUUGCAGUAAGAUGUUUAUAUUGAGCUCCAGGUUGGUUAAAGCACGCGCGUUGGUCGGUAUUGCGCGGUGCGCGAGCAGCAACAGCGGUCCGGUGGUGUUUAUGGAGCUCGCGGCUGAUACUGAACCUCUGGGUAGAGUCACCUUCCAGUUGCACGCAGACGUGGUUCCUAAAACAGCAGAGAAUUUCCGAGCUCUGUGUACAGGAGAACAAGGGUUUGGAUAUAAAGGCUCCAUCUUCCACAGAGUCAUCCCACAGUUCAUGUGUCAGGCUGGUGAUUUUACCCAUCAUAAUGGUACUGGAGGGAAGUCGAUCUACGGUCCACGGUUUCCUGACGAGAACUUUAUACUAAAACACACUGGGCCUGGUAUUCUGUCUAUGGCCAAUGCAGGACCAAACACCAACGGCUCCCAGUUUUUCAUCUGCACUGUGAAAACAGAAUGGUUGGACGGGAAGCACGUGGUGUUCGGCAGUGUGAAGGAGGGGAUGGAGGUGAUAAAGAAGGUGGAGGCAUUCGGCUCUCGCUCUGGAAAAACCUCCAAGAGGAUCAUCAUUACUGACUGUGGAGAACUCAAAUAACACACACACACACACACACACACACACACACACACACACACACACACACACCUCAUUAUAGUGUAUACCAAUUAUCUCUCUCACACAUAUACACACAAUGAGAUCUCAGGUUGAAAGUGUUUUGAACCUGUUACAGCUCCUAACACCCCCUUGUUCACUUCCUUCCAUCUGAAGGUAUUUCCUGCUGUAAUGAUGGUCACCACCCCUGUUCACUGUCACUCCUCCAAUCAGAACUGACUGGUUCACUGGAUGGUCUGAUUAUAAAAAUAUAUUUCUCCAGAGAUGAUCCCUAGAUAGGUUUAGAUGUUUAGUACCAUGAGGUGUUGUGGUGUUGUGUUACUGGGAAAUGUUGGAGUUCAGGAACUUGAGCAAUAACACCUGAACUUCCUGCAGUAGUGUAGCCUGUGGAUCUGAGCCUAAAAAUAAUAAUAAUAAUAAAGUAGUGGACCAGGGAAAUGUUCUGAUCCCGAGUCUCCUCGUUAAUGUGAAUGAUGUUUAUGUACACGUGUGUUCCACUUUUCUGUUACAUUUCAGCUCCUCACACGCCUGGUGCAGUGGGUGGAGCCAUCAGAGAGACGUCACGAGACACCGCUGUGCGUCUACAUGUUAAUUACUCUGUAAAGGAGAACUAAUGCUGAUUAAUUUGAGUGUGAACACCAGCGAGGACACACGUCACUGUGUUUGUGUGUGGACUUUUACAGAUCUAAUAAAAGUGAACACAAGCUCCA